AUGAUGGCUAUCAUUUCAGUACUGGACACGUAUGUAAACGAAGGGGGCGAGAGUGCUACACAACCGCUCCGUCUAUUCAUACUGGUCAACACCCCUUCGCAGGAUGCCGAGGUUAAUGUGAAUGUCGAUGGGAAUAACUUGAAAGUCUUGCCGGAAUGCAAUUUCAAAGCUAAUCGCAUUGUGACUCAAUACUCUGCUGACAAUCCCGUCCCAUCACUAAAAGUUCUGAUCAGAUAUGCGAGGGAAACCCUUCAAGUUUUCUAUUCCCUCCCUAAGGAGAACCUUGAUCAUUGGACUCUCUGUACGAAUGCGUCCGGUUUGUAUUUACCGGUAAACUAUCAUGUGGGUAUCUCAGCUGCUACCGGUGAUCUUAUGAGCGGUCACGAUCUGCUGUCGUUCAAAGUGUAA